CAUUAACAGAAACAAUCAUUGAACACGAGUAACAUUGUCGUAGAACGACUUCUUAUAUACUUCAUUCAAGCCUCUCCCUCGCUCACACACCUUCAUUCACAUCAACAUAUCUCUACAUUUGCGAGUAAACCCUAUUUCUAGAAUAUCCUUGCAUAACAAGAAAGUAAAAAGUCUUGCGUUACUUAAGAGGCAAAGAAAUGAAAGAGAAGGAUCUUCUUUACAAUACAAUACUUGCUCGUAGCUUUAGCAAAAACGAGCAGAAGAGACUUGGCUAUGGAGCUUUCAUCGCCUCUAUUUUCUUUGUCUUCACUCUUUGCACCAUCUUUAAACCUUAUCUCAGCCCAUUACCAAUCGUGGAGUCGCAAUUAUCAGUGGACGUUGGUCUCAGGAUGCUGAGAAUAUCAGAAACGCAUAAACCGAAGGCGUUGAGUAGCAGCAACUAUACAACGUCUCAAAGCAACAUUACAUCAAAUACAACAAAUACGCAGAGGUUAACCAGUUCUGAAGAUGACAAGCUUAGUGUCUACAACGACACAAGCUUGCCCAAGAAUCAUUCUGAUUCGUUUAACCGUACUACACCCACUUUAAUCUCCAAAGAACAAGUUAUUUCAGACGGUAAUAUGAUGGAGGAAACGGUAAAAUGUAAGAAGCAAUCGAGAACAGAGGUGUGCGAAUUAAACGGCGACGUAAGAGUCCACGGUAAAUCCGCGACGAUUCGAACCGCGAUCACGUCUGCGUUUUCGGGAAAUACCACGUGGCAAAUGAGACCUUACGCGAGAAAAAGAGACUCUGGGGCCAUGAAUAACGUUAGAGAAUGGACGGUGAAAUUGGAUAAAAACGCCGAGCGACUAGAGAACGCUAAUUUCUCGCGUUGCGUUACGAAUCACAGCGUUCCGGCGAUUGUUUUCUCUCUGGGAGGCUACUCGAUGAACAACUUCCACGCUUUCGCCGACAUCGUGGUUCCUCUUUUCACGACGGCGCGUAGAUUCAACGGUGAAGUCCAGUUCCUCGUGACGAACAAGAACCAGGCGUGGAUCAACAAGUUCAAGGAGAUACUGAGGAGUCUCUCGAACUACGAUCUGAUUCACAUCGACGACGAAAACGAAACGCACUGUUUCCCCACCGUCAUCGUCGGCCUCAAGAUCCAUCCGGAGUACUUCAAAGAGCUGACGAUUGAUUCUUCGUUUUCUGAAUACUCCAUGUCCGACUUCCGGAGGUUCCUAAGAGACGCGUACUCGCUGCGAAACGCCGCCGUGGAUCUGCGGCGGCGGAGGCCACGGAUCAUGAUUCUGUCCAGAGCCGGAUCGCGAGCGUUCACGAACACCGACGAGAUCGCGAACGCGGCGGGAGAAACCGGAUUCGAAGUCAUGGUGGCGGAAGCGAGCACAGGCCUCGCUAGCUUCGCGGAGACGGUGAACUCGUGCGACGUGAUGCUCGGCGUUCACGGCGCGGGGCUUACGAACAUGGUGUUCUUGCCGGAGAACGCGGUGGUGAUUCAGAUUCUUCCGAUCGGUGGAUUCGAGUGGCUGGCGGAGACGGAUUUCGGAAGGCCGGCGAAGGGGAUGAACCUGACGUAUUUGGAGUACUCGCUCGUGCGGAAGUACGGACGCGAUCACGAGAUCGUUAGAGAUCCGUUGGCGGUUAUUAAACGCGGGUGGAUGGCGUUCAAGUCGACCUAUUUGGUACAGAACGUGACUGUUGAUAUAAACCGGUUCAAGCCGCUUCUUGCCAAAGCUUUUGAGUUACUGCAGAAGCAGUCGCUGUAAAAUAAAUAGUUUACUGCAUUCGUAUACUGUAAAUUAUGAUAGUCCG